UGUUUAGCUAACUGUAGCUAGCUUAACGAAGCUCGUCAAUACAGCAGGGUAAAGUCCAACACAGACCUCUGAACCAGCAUGGCUCCGUUAAAGUUCUGUGCCAAUAUUUCCUGGAUGUUCACGGAGCUUCCAGACUUCAGCCAGAGAAUAUACGCGGCUGCCUCGGCCGGCUUUCAGGCUGUAGAGGCCGCAUGGCUGUACGAUUCUGACCUGCAGGAGCUCCAGAGAGUCCGAGAAGCUACAGGAGUAGAAGUAGUCCUCAUUAACACACCACCUGGAGAUGUGAAGGCAGGUGAUCUUGGUCUUGGAGCAGUUCCUGGAAGGGAGACUGAGUUCAAACAGGGUCUGGACCUGGCUUUGAAGUAUGCAAAAGCUUUGGAUUGCAAAAGGAUCCACCUGAUGGCCGGCAGGGUUCCCGUGGGCUCUGACACAGCAUCUGUUGCCAAGGAGAUGGAAGCCAUCUUUGUGCAGAACCUGAACUACGCUGCUGACAUCCUGUCAAAGGCAGGAAUCACUGGUUUGAUUGAACCAAUCAAUACAAGGAUCACAGACCCCAGGUAUUUUCUGGACUCUCCUCAUCAGGCGGCUGCCAUACUGGAGAAGGUUGGAAAGCCAAACAUCAAACUACAGAUGGAUGUCUUUCACUGGCAGAUAAUGGAUGGAAACCUGACGCAGAACAUUAACAAGUAUUUCCCUCUGAUUGGUCACGUUCAGAUCGCUCAGGUUCCAGACAGGAACGAGCCAGACAGCGCAGGAGAGAUCAACUACAGCUACCUGUUCAACAUGCUGGACAAGCUCAACUACCAGGGACACAUCGGCUGUGAAUACAAGCCACUCAGAGCCACUAAUGAGGGUCUGGGCUGGCUGAAGAAUUACUGGACACAAAGCAAGUGAAGAUAAGUCUACACUUCUGUGAGAGAACAGCUGUUUCUCUUUCUUUCCUCAGACUCAUUCUAGUGGCCUUACAUUUUCUUCCAAAGUCAAAAUGACUUGAGUGUACAAGUUUGAAAUGUCUGAGCUUUUUUCUUUUAAGCUUGAUGUAGUUGGUAUUAAAUAAAACAUACUAUAAUGAAAUGAAAACUAAAAUAAUAACAUACAUUUUAUUAUAGGCAGAAUAUCAGGUGCACUUUAACCCUUACAUACCUUACAGUAAGAAUCUCCUCAUAAAAAGUGUCUAUCUCAGAUGUUGAAGCACAGAUGUGUUUAGAUGUCUUUACUAUCACAAUAUCAUGUCCUAUUUGACCUAAGACAUGAAAAUACAACAUAGCAAUAAUGAUGGAAAUGUAUUUUAUAACUUUAUGGAAGUGUGGGGUUUAUUGUAUAACCAUUAGAGCCAUCAGUCUUCACUGCUACAUCAUAAAAAGAAAUCCUCAUAACUACUAUCUUAUUAAAACUAUUAACUUUUUACACAGAACGGCAUCAAUGGACACAACUUUGUAUCGCCUUUACAAAAGUAUAACAUUUAAAAUAUUUUUAUGGUACAUUUUGGACCACUUUAGGAAAAGUCAUCACAUUUCAGAGUGACAAAUGUCAACAUGAGUCAAAUUUGACAUGAACAGUAUGUAAGGGUUAAAAAUAGUAUUUUAAUGACUAGAGCUGAAUCAAAACAUCUUAUCUGAACUCUCACAUAGGGUUAGUUGCAGGGUUUACAGGGCAGCUGUUUGUGUUACUGUCAACAUGGACUCAUUCUUAAAAGCAUCCUGUUCAUUUUCAUCCAGCUAACUUAGUUCUUUGAACAAAGUCAAAUGAUUGAUUUGUUAAAGUUAGAUGAAGUAUCAUGAAGAAAAGUACUGUGAAGGGGUUUUAAAGGAGAUAAAAACAUGAUCAGCACUCAUUAGCUGAUGGGUUAGUAUGACUACAGAGAGCAGCUUAUUUACUUCAUUUAUACCAAGGGAACUAAAUGA